AUGUUCGCCAUCAAGGUCUUCACCAUCAUCCUCAGUGCGUUUUCUGUUACGGCGAGCUCAAUUCCAGCGAAGAAGCAUGCAGACCUCCAUUGGAUUCCCACAUGGACGAAUAUGCCCCAGCUCGUCGAGCCAAAUAACCUUCCACCAGCACCAUUCUUGAGCUCAAAUGCGGUGUUUAGAGACACGACUCUCCGCCAAACUCUCCACAUGUCCGUCGGAGCAGAGAAGAUCCGGAUCGUUUUUUCGAACACAUUCGGUGGCUCCGAGCUCCCUAUCACACUAGCCAACGUCGCGUUGCCAAUAGGUGGAAGGGCAGGCGUGUCAGGCAUCCUAGCUUCACCAAUUGUACCUAUCACGUUCAACGGUGGUGCUACGUCCGUUACGAUCCCUCAGGGAAAGACCAUCACUUCGGACGAGCUUGCGUUCCCAAUACAGCCCCAGCAGAUGAUCACUGUGACGAUGUACCUCCAGCAAGGACAGUCAGGCAACAAUAUUGACGGGCAUCCUGGAAGUCGAACGACGAGCUGGAUGCAGCAAGGCAACCAUGCCACUUCGACGACUCUUAGUGGAACCAGUGUUGUGCAUUGGUACCUCCUCAGUUCCGUCGAGGCACUGGUCCCUCUCGACUACCGUAGUCUCAUCGUUCUAGGGGAUAGUAUUACCGAUGGUCGCGGAAGCGACAACGAUGCGAAUAACCGCUGGCCUGAUCUCCUCCUGGCGCGUCUGCAAAAGAAUGGUCUGACCAACAUCGCCGUCUGCAACCAAGCAGCAGGGGGCAACCGCGUCCUCGCAGACGGCCUUGGGCCCAGCCUCCUCAGCCGCUACAAACGCGAUGCGCUCGACCAGCCCGGCGUAAAGUGGAUCUUGAUCUUUGAGGGAGUCAACGACCUUGGCACCGGCGCAGCUAAUUCAGACACCCAAACUCAGAUAGCGAACCGGCUGAUCGCCGCGUUCGAGCAGAUCGCGGCAGACGCAAAGGCCAAAGGUGUGAAGGUCUUCGGUGCGACGAUCACAGCGUUCUCAGCUCCAGGUGGGGCAAGCCAGCAGGGGUAUUCAGAUCCCACGCGCGAAGCGGCGAGGCAGACGGUCAACAAUUGGAUCUUGACAAGUGGAACGUACGAUGCUGUCAUCGAUUUUGACAAGUUCUUAAGGGACCCGUCGACGCCUAGCCAGUUGGCCCAGCAGUACCAUGGGGGCGAUUAUUUGCAUCCGAAUGUCGCCGGGUACCAGCACCUGGCGGACAUGUUUCCAUUGGAGAUCUUCAACGAUUCGCCACCAGUCCCGACGACACCUGGAACCACCCUCCCGCCGGUGACCGUAGUGCCGCCUCCGCCUCCGUCAACGACGACAACUACCGCCAGUGGCCCUACACAGACGCGCUAUGGCCAAUGUGGCGGACAGGGAUACAAUGGUCCUAAGGCAUGCGCAUCACCUUAUACAUGCCAGGUCUUGAACGACUGGUAUUCACAAUGCCUCUGA